AUGGCCGACAGCAGGGAGCAUCUGGCGACACUGCCAGCCGAGCUCAUCCUCCUCGUCGCCGAAGAGCCCUGCCUGUCGACCCGUGACCUCGCCGCUUUCGCCCGCGCAAGCCGACGAUAUUCGGACCUGGUGAUCUCCGUCCUGUACAAGAAGAAUAUCAGAGAGGAGAACGCAUCUGCCUUACUUUGGGCUGUCCUAAAGGAGAACACCCAAACCAUGGCCUUGCUUAUUCGAUACGGCGCCGACAUCAACAGCGUGGAAGCGUCUACACACAUGUACCCGUCUACGCACAUGUACCCAUUUACACACAUGUACCCGUCCCGACCCUACCGAUGGAUCAAGCGUCUACGCAAGUGGAAUUCACAUGCAGAAGACGGCCGACGUCAGGCAGUCAGCCGUUUGUCAAACAGAUACGGGCAGUUCGGGCAUACUGCAAACCUCAUGCCUGCAGCAGCCGCACUUUUUGGCCUUGCUCCAGCUGGCGCACCCCACAAUCCUGCUCCUGUUGUUCCACAGUUUCCGCAGCUUCCGGCUUUCCAGCCUCCUGCCAUACCUCCAGGUCGAGCAUGGAGACGACGAGGCAGAAUGAGACAGUUCAUGUUCGCACCGCUGGCCCUGGCCGCUCGAAAAGGACUCACCAAAGCGGCAAAAUGGCUGCUCGAGAAUGAUGCAGACCCAAACGUCCCCGCGCGGGACCUGUGCCGCUGUGACAACGAGCCGAUGACAUCGAGUGGCAUGUGGCGGGUUCCGCACCAGGCGACCCGCCCGCUCAUGGACCAACCACACUGGACCGCCUUGCACCUGGCUAUCCACUACGGCCACGACGACAUCGUCGAGCUGCUCGUCACCCACGGCGCUAAUACCCGCCAGGUCUGUCGCCACGAGGACGACCCUUGCUCUGCACUCCACACGGCCUUUAUCCAUGGGCGCAAGUCUAUAGUCGAGUCCCUGAUGUAUCGCUUCGAGGGAACAGACAUGGUCGACAUCAAUGCCCGAGGCAGAGGUGGCAUAACCCCUUUGCACAUCGCCUACUGUGUGCAAGAGACGCAAGGACCUCUUGUUGACUUGGCGCUGAAGUUCGGUGCCUACGUCAACCUCGAGUACGAGAUUGAUCGGAACCAGUGGACGCUCUUCUCUAUGGCUUGCGCCCGGAAAGACUGGAAGUUCGCACGGAAACUCCUGGAGCUGGGUGCCAACGCGGACUUUGAUCUUGAACUACAUUUUGGCGGGCGUUGCACAUUGGAUGACUUACGCAGAGCCAUCGCGUGGAGCGACGACAAGGAGGUUGACUGGGACAAAGCAGCUCUCACACUGGCGUUGGAACAGCUCGUACGUGACCACGAAGUCGCCAGGAUGUGA